AUGGUAUUGGGGUUAAGCUCGAAGAGCCACCGAAGAGGAAGCUCCUCGUCGUCAUCAAUACAAGUAGAUUACUUAAUCCACAUUCACGACAUCAAACCAUGGCCACCUUCUCAAUCCCUUAGAUCACUCCGCUCCGUUGUAAUCCAAUGGGAGAACGGUGAACGCAACUCCGGGACAACAAACGCAGUCGCUCCAUCUCUCGGAUCAGUCAUUGGAGAAGGCAAAAUAGAAUUCAACCACUCCUUCAAGCUUCCCUUAACCUUGUUGAAAGAUGCCUCUGUUGCGUCUCGGAACAACAACAACAAGGGUGGUUUCUUGAAGAACGUUCUUGAGCUCAACUUGUACGAGCCACGCAGAGAGAAAACACAUCAGCUCUUGGCUACUGCAACGGUUGAUUUAGCGGAGUAUGGGGUUGUGAAAGAGAGUUUGAGUUUGACUGCUCCGAUGAAUAGUAAAAGAAGUUAUAGGAAUACUACUCAGCCUGUUUUGCACCUCACUGUUCAACCUGUAAUCCGUCGUGCCACGUCGUCUUCUUCUUCUAGUAGGAAGGAUGGUGAAUCUGUUUCUGCUUUGAUGAAUGAGGAAUAUGAUAAGGAAGCUGAGAUUGCUUCUAUUACUGACGAUGAUAUUUCUUCUCACUCUUCCUUGACGGUUUCUUCUUCAACUUUGGAGUCUAAUGGUGUGGCAAAUGAAGAGGAAGAACAUGAGAGGGUAAGCAAACAGGAGAAAUCAUCUGAGAGCAGACAAGGAGAAACUGGUGACAAGAUUCCCUCCUCAGUUGAUCUAUCUUCUGUGUUUAAUCUCCCUGUGGUGGACGUUCCUGAUUCUUUACCAAACGUGUCUGUGUCUGAGCUCGAGGACUGUGCUAAUGUGUCCAUAUUAACCGAUUCUAAGGAGAGCUCUAAGCUGGUAAGCGGCGAGACCAAGUCUAUGCCUUUACAAACCGAUGAUCACUCCUCCAUAAACGCCUCUGAAACUAGUCAAGAUUUGGUGAGUGAUAAGGAGGAAUUAGAGAGUAGAGUUGAGAAAUCAAGUAAGGUGAAGAAGUCUGUUAGGUCACCACUGGAUAUUUCACGGAGCAAUAGCCGGUUAAGUCUAUCCAGCGAGAGAAAAGAAGCUAAGGUGUUUCCACGCGACACCACUUUGGAGAACAAAGUAGUCAAGGAGGAGCUGGAAAGUAAAGUAAAGAAGCUUGAAGGUGAGCUAUGUGAGGCUGCAGCAAUUGAAGCAGCGCUCUACUCCGUGGUUGCAGAACAUGCAAGCUCAUCAGCUAAAGUCCAUGCACCUGCUAGACGUCUUUUGAGGUUGUAUAGACAAAACCAUCUUUCAAGAAGGGCUAAUACAGCUAAAAGUAUUGUCUCCGGGUUGGUUAUUGUCUCCAAAGCGUGCGGGAACGAUGUCCCUAGAUUGACAUUUUGGUUGUCAAACACUAUCAUUCUGAGGGCGAUUAUAAGUGAUAAUACUAGUUUAGAGGAGGAGGAACUGCCUGUUUCUGCUGGUCCUGGACCAAGGAGAAGUAAGACAGGAUCCGAGAAACGAUCAUCUUUGACGUGGAAAGAAUCUUCUCCACUAAGCAAAAAGAACAAUGGUGCAUGGGAUGACCCUAGAACAUUUAUAACAGCUCUUGAGAAAGUGGAAGCUUGGAUCUUCUCACGCGUUGUAGAAUCCAUAUGGUGGCAGACUUUGACACCGCGUAUGCAGUCGUCAGCAGCCAAUGAUGGUUCAGCCUCAACAAAGAAGAAAAACUUUGGUAGAACUCCGAGUACAGUGAACCAAGAACAAGGCGACUUCUCAUUAGAGCUUUGGAAAAAGGCUUUCAAAGAUGCACACGAGCGUUUAUGCCCUCUGCGAGCUAGUGGCCAUGAAUGUAGUUGUUUGCCUGUCCCUGCACGUCUGAUAAUGGAACAGUGCGUGGCAAGGCUAGAUGUGGCAAUGUUCAAUGCUAUACUUCGUGAUUCUGAUGAAAACUUCCCAACAGACCCUGUUUCUGAUCCCAUUGCAGACUCUAGAGUCUUGCCUAUUCCUUGUACUAUAACAAGUUUCGGUUCUGGUGCCCAGCUUAAAAACUCGAUAGGAAACUGGUCCUUGUGGCUCACUGAUUUAUUUGGAAUCGAUGAUGACGAAGAUGAAUCGUUCAAGACUUUUAUUCUCCUCAAAGCGUUAAGCGAUCUAAUGAUGCUUCCAAAAGAUAUGCUCCUCAACACUCGUGUUAGAAAAGAGGUUUGCCCAAUGUUUGGUGCACCGUUGAUCAAGAGAGUGUUGGAUAAUUUUGUCCCUGAUGAGUUUUGCCCUGACCCAGUUCCUGUUGCUGUUCUCCAAGCUCUUGAAUCAGAGGAGGAGGAUGGAGAAGAGAAGGCUAUGAUCACAAGCUAUCCAUGUACGGCACCUCCUACAGUGUACUCUCCACCUUCAGGGACUUCAAUAUCUACUAUCAUUGGAGACUUUGGACAGCCUCAAACGCCUAAGCUAUGCAGAAUCAGGUCUUCGGUUACAAGAAAAGCUUACACAAGCGACGACGAGCUUGAUGAGCUGAGUUCACCCUUGGCUCUUGUUCUUCUUCAACUGGCGGAUGAUUCUAUCAAGCUCAAUAAUAAUGGCGGUGCUGAUGAGACAAUCAGGUAUCAACUUCUCAGGGAGUGUUGGACCAACGGUGGGGAAUGA